CCACAAAUCAGCCAUCGGGCAAGAACCCGAAAAUUAACCAUCAAAUAUGGCGCUUAUCGUGUGAAGGUUUUAGUGGCAGUCGUUUGGCCGUUUCGGUGGCGAUUUUGUAUAUUUUCGGGUUAAUUGGAUUUAAAAAGUAGUCGCAGAUAGCAGACGAUCGUAUGGGGAAGUGUAUCUUAUGGAAAUCUAAUGGCCUAUUGUAGUACGUAGUGAAUUAUACGGAAAUGUUGGGUGAAAUGUCAAAAGCGCUAGGAGGAAAAUAAAAUAUAUACGAGCGACUCGCUCUGCAAUGUGAAAUGCGACAGACCAACACAGAUGCAUGCACUGUGUGUCGCCCGUGCUCGGGGAGAACUCAUCGUUGCGUGAAGAAAUAUAUAUGAAAAAACAAUAAGGUUCCAAGUGCUGUCAUAUAUUUUCGGUGAUACAUUCAAAAUUUCUGAUACCAUUUGCUCAGUGAAUAUUUUGGCCAAGCCCAAAGUUUCAUAGGAUAAGUCUAGGGAAUGAGUUUCACGUGAAACAAUCGAACGGUGCGACCCUAAUGGAAACGGACGGAAUGCAAUGUUCGUUGCGGGUCAAGUGCAAAAAAGCAUUCCGAAAUGGAUUUUGACACACCGUGAUGUGUGGUGGUGGAGCAAUUUCCAAUCGAGAAAGAUUUUUUCGUCUAGACGUAGUGUGCCGUGCAAAAUUCAAGAUAAAUGCUAUUUCGCAGUCGUGCAAGAACUUUUAGUUUGAAAGAUGAACAAGUUGGAUCAUCCGAGGAGGAAUGGUGCGCACAAAGUGCGGAUAACGAUUCUGUGCGCCAGGAAUUUAGUCAGGAAAGAUCUUUUUCGACCUCCGGAUCCAUUUGCCAAAGUUUCCGUAGACGGAACAGGACAAGUCUAUACAACGGAUCCUUACAAAGCAUCGACCGAUCCAAAGUGGAAUACUCAUUAUGAUUUGUACUUGGGCCGUGGAGAUGGAAUAACCAUAUCAGUGUGGAAUCAGCGAAAAAUUCGGAAAGGGGGUGGAUUCUUAGGAUGCGCAAAAAUAUCGGCUAAUACGAUUCAACGCUUAAAGGAUGCCGGAUAUCAACGAUUAGAUUUAUGUAAAUUAUCGCCCGAUGAUGCGGAACUGGUGCGAGGACAAAUUAUUAUAUCUCUAAUGUCUCGAGACGGGCCAUCGGGCGGUAAUCCUUUGGCAGUUGUAGGGCCCGGUGGUGAUAUCCGCGGUCCGUCCGAGGAUGAUUCAUCUGAAGACAGUUUGCCAGAAGGCUGGGAGGAACGCAGAACAGCGAAUGGCAGGGUUUACUACGUGAACCAUGCAACUAAAUCCUCUCAGUGGAAUAGACCCGCAGGAUCCCAGUUGAAUGGUAACAUGUUACCUAAUAGCGAAGAAUCGAACGCUGUUCCCUCAGGACCUUCUCGCUCAUCAACAUGCACAAAUCUAACGAACGGACGGGCGAAUAUAGAGCAGCAACCCACACAACAGCCAGUACGACGUCAUUCUAGUGAAAUUCUUUCAGAAUUAGGCAAAGAAAAUUGCAGUCCCAGUCGAAAUGAAAGUAACAAAGUAGCGUGCAGUCGACAGCUGUCUCUGGAAUCAACAACGAGUCCAACAAGGCCCGAUUUGAAUGCAGGAAAUGCGGGCAACGCGUCUGGUGCCCUUUUGCCGAAAACAUCGAACGAUAUCCAAUCGCCUAAAAACCCGCACGUUCCACAAUCAAGCGCGUCGCCAGGGAACGAACUGAGCCCACCCGGCUUGAACAAAACUCCAAAAGUCAUACAAUCAAUAUCAAUAAUAUCCAAUUCUCCACAACACUCAAAUCAAAAUCACGGAAAUAUGAAUAGUGCACAAAGUCUACAAGACAAUGCGGGAAAUGGAAAUCAAAAUGUAAACAGUGUGCCUGGAAAUCAUAAUAAUGAAAGUAGUUUUAGAGGGAAUUCAGUGAACUGCCAGCAAAGCUUAGAGCUUCCACAGAAUGCUUCCAACGGAAAUUCGCAGGCCGCGCCGGCGACAACUCCGAACUGUGGAAUUGGCAAUCGCGAAGGUGGAUCACAACGAGUGCGUCGAUCGUCCCGUAGCACUGAUGAAUCUGGUAGACGUCGCUCAUCGCGAAGUACUCGGCUACCAGUCGCGAAUAGGAAUAAUGGCAUUUGCACUCGGCCUUAUAUGGACCUUCCACCGGGAUAUGAAAUGCGGACAACACAGCAGGGCCAGGUGUAUUUCUAUCAUAUACCGACGGGAGUAUCAACGUGGCAUGAUCCGCGAAUACCACGAGAUUUCGACACUCAGAACUUCUCAUUAGAUGCGUUAGGACCACUGCCAUCAGGCUGGGAGCAAAGGAAGACAUCGUCGGGUCGCGUGUACUUUGUUGAUCACAACAAUCGCACCACGCAAUUCACGGAUCCCCGAUUGAACGGCCGAAUCCUGGAAAUGAUCUGUGUUGGAAAUGGCAAUAACAACGGGAACAAUGCAUCGUCUUCGGUAGCCCCUCCGCCUGCUGCUUGUUCAACGAAUACAUCAGUUGGAGCUACGCCGGCGACGAAUAGUACAACAACGAACAGUAGCAACAGCUCAAACACUCGUCAUGGAGAAAAUCGGACACCUGCUACUGUACCCGAUCUACCACAAGGCCUUCUGGAAGGCGCCGAUUUACUUCCAAAGUAUCGGCGCGAUUUAGUAAGUAAAUUACGACAUCUACGACAUGAAUUACAGGCACUUCAGCCACAAUCGGGACACUGUAGGCUAGAAGUAUCACGUUCAGAAAUUUUCGAAGAGAGCUAUAGACUGAUAAUGAAAAUGCGACCGAAAGAUAUGCGUAAACGAUUAAUGGUUAAAUUUAGGGGUGAGGAAGGUUUAGAUUAUGGCGGCGUUGCGCGAGAAUGGCUACAUUUAUUAUCUCGCGAAAUGCUCAAUCCACAGUAUGGCUUGUUUCAGUAUAGUCGUGAUGAUCAUUAUACUUUACAAAUAAAUCCAGAUUCAGGGGUGAAUCCAGACCAUCUUUCGUAUUUCCAUUUUGUUGGAAGAAUACUGGGAAUCGCCGUAUUUCAUGGUCAUUGUAUGGAUGGCGGUUUCACGACGCCGUUCUACAAACAACUGCUGAACAAGCCAAUCACAUUGAACGAUAUCGAAGGGGUGGAUCCAGAAUUGCACAGAAGCCUUACGUGGAUGUUAGAGAAUAAUAUAACCGGAAUUAUUGAUUCAACAUUUAGUGUUGAGAACAAUAGCUUCGGAGCAUUGAAAGUUCACGAGCUGAAACCUGGUGGAUCAAAUAUAGCCGUUACCGAGGAUAAUAAGCGUGAAUACGUUAGACUUUAUGUUAACUAUAGAUUUAUGAGAGGAAUAGAGCAGCAAUUUUUAGCGUUACAAAAAGGAUUUUGUGAAUUAAUUCCAACGGCUCUACUUCGUCAGUUCGAUGAACGCGAGUUGGAAUUGGUGAUUGGCGGUAUAAGUAACAUUGACGUCAACGACUGGCGAAUGUACACUCGUCUAAAACAUUGCACUCAAGAAACGCCACAAGUAAUAUGGUUCUGGAAGGCUGUGGAAUCUUACUCGCCCGAGAUGCGUGCUCGUUUAUUGCAAUUCGUGACUGGGUCAUCGCGUGUCCCACUGCAAGGUUUUCGCGCCUUGCAAGGCUCGACAGGUGCUGUUGGUCCCCGUUUAUUUACCAUACACUUGACUGCUGACGUAUCGACUCAAAACUUACCAAAAGCCCACACAUGUUUCAAUCGCAUCGAUCUGCCACCGUACGAUGACUACCAACUGCUCUACGACAAGCUAACGCAGGCUGUCGAGGAGACAUGUGGAUUUGCUGUGGAGUAGCAGUAAACACUUAGUUAAAGUAAUAUAUUACGAAAAAUAUUUUCUUUUUUCCUGAAAAAAAGUUCACUUAUAUAUACACGUUUAUGUUAAUUUCGUCAAUUAUUGAAAAAGAGAAUUAUAUUUAUUUUGCUCCUUUUUCAACGUACGGUAUGCUUUAAGUGAUUUAGAAUUGCACAAAUUGUGUUCUUUUCGAAAGGGAGGCGACACGUUAGAUAUAUUUGAAAAUAUAAAUGCGGUGUAUAUAAAGUCUUAUUCCAAUUCAGAUUAUAUAAAUGAUGUUGAGGGUCAUCACCUAUUUUUAUUAUUUCGUUCAAUUCAAAAAUCUUUCUACAUAUCUAAUCAAGGAUACUUCCCGCGCACUCUAGUUUUAUCAAGACACAAUUUAUUAAUUUAAGCGUUUCCACAUUUUUUGUAUAUGAAAAAUACGUCAAAUAUUGAGAAAAAAGUUUUAAAUUUCAUAAAAA